AUGCUCCAGCGGCUGCGGCAGUACGACGUGUACACCAAGGGCGUCGAAGGCAUCCAGGAGCGCACGACAAGCGGGGCCAUCAUCACCCUCGUGAGCCUCGUCGUCGUUCUCCUGCUCUUCCUCUCGGAGCUGGGCAUCUACACGACGACCGAGGUCGUCAACCGCAUGUAUGUCGACAUCGACCCGCAAGACACGAUCAUGCACGUCGAGGUCGACAUUACCUUUUUGCAUGAACCGUGCACGGACGUGGCCAUGGACGCGAGCGACACCAAGGGCAACCGCGAGGUCAUCGUCAAGAGCGACGUGAUCGCCUACCCUCUUGAGAACAGCGAGGAAGGCUGCCGCUUCACGGGCUACGUCGACGUGCAAAAGACCGCGGGCGACAUCAACUUUGCGCACGAAGGGUCGCUCAACAUGUUUACGUUUCUCGAGUUCCUCGACUUCAACUCGUCGCACAUUGUGCACUCGCUGCGCUUUGGGCCGUCGAUCCCCGAGAUGAUCAACCCGCUCGAGAACGUGCACAAAGUUGUCGUCGAAAACUUCAAGAUCUACAAGUAUGGCAUUUCAAUUGUACCGACGCAGUACACGCCGCUGUACGGGCCAUCGGUCCAGACGUACCAGUACUCGGUCACCGAGCACGCAUCAGAUCCGAAUGAGAAUGGCCGGUUCUCGUUUCCUGGCGUCGUCUUUUCGUAUGAAUUCUCGCCCAUCAAGGUCGAGUACAUUGAGACCAAGCCGUCGCUCCUCCAGUUCCUCACGAGCACGUGCGCGAUCGUCGGCGGUGUCUUUGCAGUCGCCAGAAUACUCGAUGGCCUCGUCCACAGCGUCGCGUCGCGCAAGAUCGAUUGA